UGUUGAGCAGCUGGGCAAGGUGGCAACCCAAAUGUGUGGCUAUUCGAUUUGACAGUUUCUUGCAUUUGGAUGAAAUUUGUUUUAAUUCCUUUCUGCUUUUCCAAAAAUCUUAAAUUAAAUAAAAAUGCAAAGGGGUCGUGAGUCUGCGGGAUCAAAUGCCCGCAAGGGCAACCGACCCCCUGGACUAAAAGGCAAAGAAAUCGGCCUCUAUUACCGGAAUCUGGCACGGCAGCGAAAAAAGGAGUCAGGCGAACAAGAGAGACCUGAAAAGCCUUCGAUUACCUUAGGAUGCAAUGUCAGCGCUCCGUAUGGUGUUCUUCAGAAAGCCAUGGGCCUUCUGGAGUCCUAUAAGGAGGCUCUGGCCAAUGAGAGAUGUGAUGAGGACGAGCAGUUCAAGGAGCAAUUCGGACACAUUUUGAGGGUGAACUUUGAGCAGUUCGUCAAUGAAUCUAAGGAGAAACACAAAGGAUAUAGUUACGAUAAUAGCCGACUAGAUGAGAAGCUGAAAGAUGAGCUGGAGCAGCGGCAGCGAAGCGAACUUGGCAGAAAGCGAAUGUCGGGGCGGCAGAAACUUCCCGCCAUGAAAUAUGCAGCAGACAUACUCCAAGCGGUGAAAGAGAACCAGGUGAUUCUCAUAGUGGGCAGCACUGGAUGUGGAAAAACAACUCAGGUGCCGCAAAUCCUUCUCGAUGACGCCAUAGCCAAUGGCCGUGGUACCUCGUGUCGCAUUGUUUGCACCCAACCGCGCCGGAUUUCGGCCAUAACCAUAGCCAAGUGGGUUGGCUACGAGCGCUGUGAGGAUCUGGGCCAGUCGGUGGGCUAUCAAAUUCGCUUAGAGUCGCAGAAGGCACGCGAUCGCGCUUCCAUUACCUACUGCACCACAGGCGUAGUAUUGCAACAAUUACAAGGAGAUCCUCUAAUGAGCAACCUCAGUGUCCUGAUUCUAGAUGAGAUACACGAACGCAGUGUAGAAACGGACUUGCUUAUGGGCCUGCUGAAGGCUAUCCUGCCCCACAGACCCGAUCUGAAAGUCAUCCUCAUGAGUGCUACGGUGCGGGAACAAGAUUUUUGCGAUUAUUUCGACAACUGCCCCAUGUUUCGCGUCGAAGGUGUUAUGUUUCCCGUAGAAAUGCUCUAUCUGGAAGAUAUCCUGGCCCUGACAAAGUAUAACUUCCGCAAACAGUUUAAAAAUCGUCGUCGUAACAGCUGUAGUGCCGAUCAGGAAAUGCAACACAUGGCCAUGAUAGAACCCUACAUACGAACCAUCAAGAACUCGCAUGACAAAUACGUUUUGGAUCAAUUGCGCUUGCCGCAAUCAGAGGGUUGUGAGGAUCUGGAUUUCAUUGCUGAUCUAGUCUACUACAUCUGUGAUACCGAGCCCGAUGGAGCCAUUUUGGUCUUCCUGCCGGGCUACGAUAAAAUUUCCAAACUGUACAGUCUACUCGACGAUCCGUCCUCAUCUGCCGGCAAAAGAUGCAAGGAAAAGAUAAUUAUGUUUGCUUUACAUUCCCUAAUUCACACUUCGGAGCAACAGGCUGUCUUCCAAAAGCCCCCUCCUGGCAAACGCAAGGUCAUCAUAUCCUCCAUAAUAUCCGAAUCCUCAGUGACCAUUGACGAUGUUGUCUAUGUGAUUAACAGUGGCAGGACAAAGAGCACCAACUAUGACAUCGAAACGAACAUUCAGUCCCUGGAGGAGGUCUGGGUGACCAAAGCCAAUACGCAGCAACGUAAGGGAAGAGCCGGACGCGUCCGACCUGGCAUCUGUUACAAUCUGUUCAGUCGAGCGCGGGAAACGAGAAUGCAGGAUGUUCCAAAGCCGGAGAUUUUAAGGUCCAAACUGGAAUCAAUCAUUUUGAAUUUGAAGUUGUUGCACAUCGAGAAUCCGUACAACUUUCUGGGCACUUUAAUCAAUGCCCCUAAUCCGGAGGCCAUAAAGAUUGGAGUGAACUUGCUGAUGCGCAUUGGAGCUUUAGAUUCGAAUAGAGUCCUUACUCCGUUGGGAAUGCAUCUGGCCAAGCUCCCCAUUGAUCCCCAAAUGGGAAAAAUGAUUCUGAUGUCGGCACUAUUCUGUUGCUUGGAUCCCAUCACCUCGGCAGCGGCAGCACUUUCCCACAAAUCGCCCUUCUACUCUCCGCUGGGUCAGGAGAGCCGCCUGGACGAGAUCAAGCGAGACUUGGCCCGCAACAUGCGUAGUGAUCACCUUUUGGUUCACAACGCCAUCAUUGGCUAUAGGGAAAGUCGAUCCUUUCGCACCGAUCGGGACUUUUGCUACAAGAACUUUCUCAGUUACAUGACCCUGCAGCAGAUCGAGGAUAUGAAACACCAAUUUUCUGAACUUCUAUUCAACUCCAAGUUUUUGACUGCUAGAAGCUGCAAAGAUUCUAUUUCCAAUAUGAACUCCUCCAAAGUUCCCCUGCUUAGAGCCAUCAUUGGUGCUGGUCUUUAUCCCAACAUGGCCCACAUGAGAAAAUCUCGAAAAUUGAAAAACAAAGUUCGUGCCAUUCAUCACAUGUCCACUGAUGAUGGCCGCCGGGUCAACUUCCAUCCCUCUUCCAUCAACAGUGGCGACAGUGGCUUCGAGUCGGACUACUUUGUUUACUACCAACGCCAAAAAUCGACCGCACUAUACCUGCUCGACUCCACCAUGGUGUUUCCCAUGGCGCUGAUUAUUUUUGGCGAUGGAGUAGAGACCGGAUCGGUCGACGGUAGGCCCUAUAUAUGUGUGGCCAAUACAUAUUACUUUAAAUGUGAUAACGAAACCGCUGAGGUGGUUUUGGAACUACGUAGCCACUUGGAGAAAUUCCUUCUAAGAAAGGCAUUAUAUCCAGCUCCUGUUGAGGAAAAUGGAUUCGAAAAUCUAUUAUUUAGUGCCAUUGGACAACUUUUGUCGCUCGAUGAGAAAAUGGGCGAUGAGGACAUCUCCUCGGAUGAAAUCGACGACAUAUAACCAGUCCUAAAUAAUUGCUUUUUAAAAUUUGUUUAUUUAUUUUUAAAUACAAAACCUUCAUCUGGCAUGUAAUAAAAACAAAGCUCUUUUCGUUAAUAAAUUAUGAGGGCAAGCUAGUCAUGCAAUAACAAAAGCA